GGAUGGUGUACUCGCUAAGUUUAUAUACUAAAAUACCAAUAUUUUAUAUACUAAAAUACCUUGGAUCCCAAACAUUUCCAGCUAUAUUUCGUGGCUUCCCGAUCUUGCAAAGCGUUUCUCGGGCCAGAACAAGAUGCCCAUCACCGGGCUGUGCAUCGAGCUGCGUCCCAACCUGCGCAGUGGCGUCGCCUUCCUGCGAUUCGACCACCAGAUCUCGCAGAGCCAAGAAACGCGCCUUGUCAUCCGGGACCACAAUGUUUACAUUAGCGAGAGGCCGCAGAGGCCGGAGAAUCAGGAGGAUCCGGAGGAUUCCAGUUCGGACAGCGACAGCGAGGACUCCGACGAUCUGCUGCUCAUCCGGCACGACCACUUCGGCAUGGACAUCGGCUGCCUGUCCACAUUCCUGGUCAGCGGCAGCCACAUAAGCUUCCGCUUCAACUACAACCAGAUCGAUUUGGCCGCCGUGGAUGGUGGCUCGGUGGAGGUGCCCCUGGCGCCGCUGCUCCUCUCCUGCCGCGACGACGAGGCCAUGUCCAUCAACUGCCGCGACUGUCGGGCGGAACUGGUGGAGGCCAGGGCCUAUCGCCGGCUGAGGGAGUUUCCCAGCUGCGUGGUGGAUCCCAGCGAGUUCUUCUGCCACAGUCACCAGGGACACGGAUGCAAGACGACCCAACCGCCCAGCCUGGUGCCCGGCGAGGCAGACCUCUUCUACGGACUGAACUAUGUGGUCAUCAGCUUGAACGCAGGCAAUCCGCACAUCCUGACUCGCGAGGAUCACCUGUACUGCCAGCGCUGCAUGCGUUUCCUGGGCCAGACCAUGUUCAACGGCGCCGCCGCUCGCCUCUGGGCGGAUGCAGUGCGCUGGCUGCCCGCUGGAGCGCGCCAGCCCGCCCCCGAGCGUCACUUCUUCCAGAGCUCCACGCUGACGCAGCUGGUCAAGCGGCUGCUCCACUCGCUGUGGCCACAGCCGCUGCCGCAGCUCUGCUUGAGCACCAGUCGCGCGCUGCUGGUCACCUCGCUGCCCAGCCGGCGGCACCAGUACAUGUUCCUGCACGUGGUGGAGUCGCAGCUGCGGGUGCUGCGUCGCAUCCGUCCGGAUUCGAACCGGCUGCGCUGCUACCGCACCUGCAAGCUGUACUACGGCAUCUUUGGAGCCGAUCCGCCGCCGCUGCUGCUGGAGAAGUGGCAGGCCCAGCAGACGCUGCCCCAAAUGGAGAUCUCGCCAGACAUGUUCCUCGCGCUGCAGCAGCGGCUCGAGCUGAACGGUCAGUUGAUUCCGCACGCCUGGCGCGUCAACUCUGCGGAGGAGCAGCUGCAGUUGUCGUACUUCUUCUACGAGGACGAGGAGCAGCCCGAGGGCGUGUCCGUCACCCUGGAUGUCUAUCUGGAGCAGCUGAGCCAGCUGGCGGGCGACGAUAAGCAGAAGGAGCAGGAUCAGUACGAAACGGAUGCGGGACAUGCCAGCGAGAGCGACGACGAGCACUCGGAUUCGGAGACGGACUCCAAAGCGGCGGGGGCGGUGCUCCCGUUCGGCAAGCGGACCCUCCCCAAACGCUGCCCCACGCCGCCGCGCUCCUGCCCCAACAUGUGCACCUCCAUUUCGUCCGUCUCCUCGGAGGACAAGUAGCUGGAAUCGUUUGUAGUCCUAGCCUAAGGCUGCUAGGGCUGCUAAGUUUGCAAGUCAAAAGUAUGGAUCCCUAGUCCUUUGCUUUCGUUGUUGGUUGUACAUAGCUGAUAGAAUCAAUGUUCACUUGGGUAAUCCAAAAUCCUUUCAUAUUAGGAGCUUCAUUUAUAGCUUAUAUUCUAUGCUAAUUUGUAGAAUUCAGUUUCGAUUUUCUCUUUGUUGUAGGUAACUAGGUGCAAAAGAAUAAGCCUUGCUUUAAGUCAACUUAAUUUCCAUCCAAUUCAAUACUCCCUCUUCUGUUUUGUGGAGAAAAAAUGUAAGUUUAUUACUUGACCAUCGUGUCGUAUAUAUUUUGAUAUAGUUUAACAAACGUUUUGCAACAAGUAUUAGCUGGAUAAACGAUGUGAAAGUUGUGGACAAUGCUUCCUUAUGAUAGCACAAGGGCAGUGGGUCCCGUGACUGUAAGGCCAAGGCUGAAAAAAGUAAAAGUCUUGGCCUUACAGUUGCGAAACACAGUGCACAUUAAAUCAAAAAGUUAGUUAUUGCUUUUCUUUACACUUUCAUGUUCUCUUUAGUUUAACUUAUCAAGGAAAAGAAGAGACAGGAGAUUAAAUAGUUCAAAGUAAAAUUGAAAUAUUCAAAAUAUUCAAUUUUGGUUUAUUACAUCUCCAAAGAACUGAAUAGAAAAGUUUUCCACAAUGUGACUUACCAAAAAAAAGAGAUAUACAA